UAGCUUUGCAUUUUGAUCUCCAGUUGCUUUAUUAGAUCAUAAGCAAUAUAUCACCAUGGGUGCCUCUGGUAUGUAGUGAAGAAGCCAAGGAAGCUGCUAAACAUCCUUCAGCGCAUAGGGCAGGCAGGCCUACGAUGAAGGCAAUCAACCUAAUGCCAGCUGCUUCAAGGUUGAGAAAUUCCGUGUGCUUAACCUGGAGAGCAUCAGAGCCGUGGUUCUUUUUAAGUCACAGGUGAAGGAAUAAUAAUUCUAGAAACAUGCAUAUAUUGAUAUUUCACCUUAAAAAACUUAAACAUGGAGAGAAACUCAGAGCCUGUUUCCAGGAAUCGUAGUAGCAAUCAGAGUCCUACUAGAGUGCAAUCAUGUCUAUUGUGUCCUAUAACAGAGGGGCUGUCAUGGCCAUGAAGGGAAAGAACUGUGUGGUCAUUGCUGCGGACAGGUGUUUUGGGAUCCAGGCCCCGAUGAUGACCACAGACUUCCAGAUUUUUCCCAUGGGUGACAGACUCUAUAUAGGCCUGCCUGGGCUGGCCACCAACAUCCAGACAUUUGCCCAGUGCCUCAAGUUCUGACUGAACCCAUAAGAGCUGAAGGAAGGUUGGAAGAUAAAGCCUUACACCCCCAUGAAUAUGGUGGCCAGCCUCCUGUAUGAGGAAUGGUUUGGUCCCUACUAUACAGAGCCUGUCAUUGCUGGGUUGGACCUGAAGACCAUUAAGCCCUCCAUUUGCUUUCUAGACCUCAUUGGCUGCCCCAUGGUGACUGAUGACUUUGUAGUCAUGGGGACCUGCUCCAAACAAAUACAUGGGAUAUUCGAGUCUCUCUGGGGGCCCAACAUGGGUCCAGAACACCUGUUUGAAACCAUUUCUCAAGCCAUGCUGAGUGCUGUGGACCGGGAUGUUGUAUUGUUCAUGGGCAUCAAUGUCCACAUCAUUGAAAAGGACAAGAAGGCCUAGAUGGACUAACACUGUGCUCUGGUCCCAGUUUCCUUUUGUUGUUUUCUUUUUAAUAAGAUUGCUUUUCUUAAAAGAAACAAACCAACCAACCAAACAAACAAACAUGAACCAGCAGAUCUUUCACAUCCAAAUCACUGCAGGUCACAGGAGGCAUGCCUGUGAUAGUUUUGCAGUCCUGGGUUCCUUCUGCCUAAUUUGUUUCCUGUUCCAUGACAUAAAGCCUUUGUCACAUACCCUGUCUACUGUGAGGCUCUGCUUGACAUACAUCUAUAAUCCAUGGAUCCAUGGAGUCCUAUCCCUCUGACACUGGGAGCCAAAAUAAACCUGCCUUCUCUGAAUUUGUCCCCGUGAGGUGUUUUGACACAGUGAUGAGAAUUCUGACUAAUGCAGGGGUCUUUAGACCAUGAAGUCUCCCAGCAUCUUCAAGUUUCCUAUUGCUUGCUGUCUGAUAAAAUGUAUAUCUUCUGGUUGGGUUGGCCAUUGUCUUCUUUCCCCACCUGGUUUGUAGUUUCAUGAAGACAGAGAUUCUGCUCUUCAUUUCAUGCUUCCCUUCACCACACGGUACAGUGAACAACCAAUUGCUCUUUCUGACAAAACUAACACAGUGUGGUGGGCCCUGUGAGCGCAGCUGAGUGGGACUUCUAGCCAACGGUUUCCAAAGCAUGGACGACUUCAGCCAAACAGCCUAGAGGGAAUGUCCUGCCCACAGUCACGUGAGUGAGUUUGGAAGAGAAUCUUUCUCCACUCCGGUUCUCAGGGAGAUUACUGACCUGGUAACCUGGUAAUGAUGUUCUGUACUUUGUGAGAUGCUGUGAAAUAAGGAUCCAUGACCCACAGAACCAGAGAGUUUUGACCCAGCAACACUAUAAACAAAAAUAUUGUUUUAAACUACUAAUUUAGGUGGCAACUUGUUAAGCAGCAAUAGCUAACUAAUACAUAAUAAGUUAGGACCCAGGGAGCAGAAAGAUGAGUAAGAAAUGAGCUUUCACCUCAAGGUACAGUUUUGUGGGAGGCUUCAUCUUACCUGUGAGCACAACUGUGGAAAAAAAGUGGAAAAAGCAUUCCACACACAGACAAAGGCUUGCCCAAAGACAUGGAGACUUAAGAGUCUAGGAAGGGAGGCAGGAGUUCAGACAGGGGCCAUCGCCAAACUCUUGAAAGGCUGGGCCUGGGAUUUUCUUAUAGGUAAUGGGUACACCAAAGUAUUUUGAGCACUGCAGUAUGUUGGAGGAAGCUGUGCCAAAAAGGAUUUUACAUUUGGAGUCAGUGGAUUACACUGUUAAAUUGU